AUUUAGGUGACUCUGGCGCUGCUAAGAUUUGUCAAUGUGGCAUUCACUCAGCUAAGAUAUAAACCGUGACUGUGUCAUCGGGAGGCUCGCUGAGCUUCGCCUCCCCAUCGAGCCAGGAUGCGCUGCCACCAGAUCCUCACCGGCGCCUGCAAUGCCAGUACCGACUGCUUCGCCGUGGGCACGGUGUUUGGCGUCCCAUUCACGGUGUACGCCACCGGCUGUGACCUGGUCAUCAUGGACCAGAACUUUGACCGGGUCCAGAUCAUCCCGGGCGUCAACUAUGAUCAGGUGCAGAUCAGCUGCGUCGACUGCAGCGCCGACUGCGGAAAGAUCGCCGCCGCCUACAGCAACCGGGUGUGCAUCUUCGCGCCGGUGCCGUACCGCGCCGGCUUCGGACACGGAGGCUGCAUCCCCACCAGCCUGCUGCAGGCACGCUGGGAGCUGCAGGACACGAUCCGCGCCAACUGUGCCAUCCACAACCUGUCCUGGAACCUGGAGGGAACGCACCUGCUGACGGGCGGCGACUUCCUCCAGAUGUGGAUCAAAAAGGCCAAACAGGAGGAACCCGGCGAUGCCCGGCGCGUCAAGUUCGCCGUCGGUGAGGAUGCCGAAGACACAUCUGACCACGUGUGGGAGUGUCUGUGGCGGGUGCGUACCGCCGAGCCGGUCCACUACAUGGCCUUCUCUCGGGACGGAACACUGUUCGCCACUGCCGGCCUCGGCGACCAGAUCGUCAAGGUCUGGUACGAGAAGAAACAAGCGCACCUGUCGCACCGCUCGGCGUCCAGCUGGGCCGACUGGGAAGCGGUGACGUACGACUUCAUCUACCUGGCCCACCCGCUGCCGGUCACCGGCCUGCAGUGGAGACACACCAGCCGCUUCAUGCAUAGGGGCGCCGUGGCCAACAUGCUGGUGACCUCGUGUCGGGACAACAUCUGCCGAGUGUGGGUGGAGACUACCCGCGUGCCCGACGACGGCAUGGUGGACACUGGGUGGCUGUCGGCCACCUCGCACGACAACAUGCACCUGCCCAGGAAGCACAAACAGCACAAGGUGCUGCAGAAGUUCAAACACAUGAGGCAAUGCUUCCACCUGCGACGGCCCCGCGCCAGCCAGCAGCCCGACUGGCGACUACUGGAGGCCAUGGCUGCAGAAGAGGCCGCCGGUCAGCCCCGCACGGCGCUCCAGACACUGCACUUUCACCUGGCAGCGAGCAUCAGCGCCGAGUCAGACAUUCCGCUGGUGCCCAGCAUGGGGACCUCGGAGACGGGCUCGUCACUCAACUUCAUGGUCCACUGGCUCAACAACAAGGAGAUGACAUACACAGACGCGAUGGAGCGACUGGCGGCCGAGAUGGACCGGCUGGAGCAGCAGCAGCACGAGGCGGCCGACAGAGACCACUCUCCGUCGGGUGACGGCUCCGAUGACGGCGUCACCCAGUCAUCGCCCAACCUGUCUGCGGUGUCGUCAUCCAACACCCUGGAGGCGGUGGCGGCCGGCUGCGUGGGCUCUGACGAGCUCGAGGGUCGGCUGGCGGCCCUGCUGCGCGACUGGGAACAGGGCUCCGAUCUGCUCUUCUCCAUACACCCAGUGGAUGGCAGCUUCCUCGUCUGGACGAUCGACUACCUGGACGAGCACCACCCGUCGUUCCGGCAGGCGCAGGUCUCCUUCUCCUCCCGAAUUCCGCAGGCGUUCCCACUGGGAGACGCCAUGACCAUGUCCACCAAACUGUGUCUCUUCGCCCCGACCAUAAUCCAACCCGAGGCCGGUGAGGCUCCUGCCUGCCCGGUGCCUCUGCCUCCGGCUGCCUUCCCGAGCAUGGCAAUGGUGAGCAAGCACGACAACGGAUCUCUCAACCUGUGGUGCAUCACGUUCAGUGAAGAGUCCAAGUUCAAGACGGUGCUGAAUGUGGCGCACGAGCGGCGUGUGUGCGGACACAGGUUCCGGGUGAAUGAUAUCACCUGUCACCCGGUGCUGCCGCUGAUGCUGAGUACUUCACAUCACAACCCGCAGCCGCGAGCCGGUCAGGCGACAGAGAGGCCGGCCAGUCAGACGUACACCAGCGAGCUGAUCCUGUGGCGCGUGGACCCGAUCGGACCGCUGUCCCGCACCUCUGGUGGGGUGACAGAACUGACCCGUGUCAACGUACCGGAGAUGUCGGCCUUCUCUCACGUGGCCUGGGUGCCCACCCUGCUGCCCAGCACCACUCUGGGUCCGAUCUGCAACUCGCCGUCGACAUGUUUCGUGGCCUCGGACGGACGAAACCUGAACCUGUACCAGGCGGUCAUCGACGCCAGGAGCCUGCUGGCAGAGAUCAACAACGCCAAGCGGAAGAUGAAGCGUAUGGGUUCGGGUAUGAGCGACUCGUCGGACAACUCGUCGAUCCCUGCGCAGCUGAAGCAGACGGGUCUGUCGGACGCGUUCCGUCUGGUCUCUCAACAGUCGGCCUCCCGGCCCGGCUGCGUCAUCCACCUCAACACCAUACCCGACGUCACACAUGACUGGGAGCACACUCAGUUCCUGCACGUGUACCAGGAGCAGCUGAUCGUGGGCCGGGCCAGCGGCGCGCCGACCAGCCGCUCCUCGGGAUGGUACCCGGCAGACCCGAGCUUCUCCGCUAUCGUCGACCUCCACCAGACGGAGAGCUUCUCCGAGCCGUUCUACAUUGUGGUUAUCGAGCGCGACACGCUGGGGACCAUGAUACACAUGUGGCGAGUGGUGCUGUCCUCCCAGCCGCUGCAGGGGGAGAACGGCCAGACCGACUCACCCGGUGAUCACCCCAGCCCCGUGCUCAAGCCCGUCUCCAUUUCAACAGUCAAGGUGUGCACCCAGCGCCUGCCCCUGCCGGAGGGUGUGGAGGUGACAUGCGCCACGCCGGCGGCCGGCCACCUCAGCUCGGCCUCCAUCUACCCGGCCUGCUUCGCCACCUACCACGUGGUGACCGCGUGCUCUGACAACACCGUCAGGUUCUGGAAGUGCCGCGUCUCGGAGAGCGGUGGCUCGGCCGACGGCGCCGCGUCCAAGACGUACCAGUGGUGUGAGUGGGAGAUGACCAACUCGACCAGUCGCAGCUCGGCGCUCAAACUGCCCGGAGUGCCCCUGACGGUCAGUGUGGCGUAUAGCGCCCGGGUCUCGUGCGCCUACAAGAUCGGACGCUCCUUUACCAGGAAGGAGCAGGAGCGAGGCGCGCGCUUCAUCAACCUUGGUGUGGUCAUCUACGAGUGCGAGUCCAGCGGAGGCUCUGAGUGGGUGAAGGAGGACACGAUCAUGCUGCACAACGUGCCGCUGCCGAGGCUGUACACUCCCGGGGACGCGGAUACCUCUCUACUGGAGGCCGGAGGGCACCGUUACGUGCUGUCGGGAGUAGGGACGCAGCCCGGCGGAGAGGGAGACGAGGACAAAGCGCUGGGCAUGCGCACGGCGCCCAGCUUCAUCAACGACAACACGGUCAAGUCAGCGAUCGCCGAGGAGGGCAACAUCCUGAUGAGCGUGGCGCACAAGCACCUGGUGCGCAUCGACUGGGUCUCCUCGGAGGACGGCUCUCACAUGCUCACACUCGGCGUCGGCAGCAAGAUUCUGAUGUUCUCUCGCGUGUCGAGUGACAUCACGGUGGCCAAUAUGAAGGCGAUGAAGGAGAACCAGCAGACGGCGAGGCCCAUCCUGCAGAAGGCCUCCUCGAUUGCGCUCAGCUCCUUCACCCCCGACCAAAUCAGGUGGAUGAAGAUCCGUCAGGUGAAGCUGGAGUCGGCCGACGGCCUGCCGCCGAUCCCGAUGCAGAUGAGCUGGGUGCGCGACGGCGUGCUCAUCGUCGGCAUGGAUAACGAGAUGCACGUCUACAGCCAGUGGAAAAUGCCGCCGUUGAGCCUGUCCCGCCGCAGCACGACCGACCUGCAGCCGCUCACGGACGACUUUGUGGCCUCACGAAACCUCACCGAUCAGCAGCUGUUCACAUACGCAUCGGACUCGAUGAAGAAGCGCAUCAUGUCCGUGUCUUCCCUGGCCAACAUGGACCUGCUGAAGGGCCGGGCGGCCGAGUCUGCGCGCGGCGCCACUCAGGACUACAUGCCCAACUACGGUCUGUUCGUGGCCAGUCGAAUCGCAUUCCCCGUGCUUCCGCAGUACCAUCCCAAGCAGCUGAUGGAGCUCCUCAACUGUGGCAAGGUGAAGCGCGUCAAGGCGAUCCUGGCGCACAUUGUGCGUUACGUGCGCAGCCUGUCGCGUCAGUCGCGACUGGAAUCGUCCACAGCCGAUCCCGAUCUGGAUGAUCCGGACAUUGUGGAGAAACUGGCCCGGAGCCGCGGCAUGUCCGUCUCGCUGCAGCCAGGGAGCCCUCUGGAGCGUCAGCAGACGGAGGACAUCCGACCCGACUACGAGGAGAUUGACUCGGUGCCGCCGCUGCCGCUCUGGAUGCUGCUUGCCGCCGACCGCGACCGGGGCCUGUCGGCACCGGCGGCAUUAGAGGAGGAGAGCUACGACGACCUUUUCAAAGUGGACGACGGGGAGGCCACACUGGAGGACAUCAUCGGAGCCAACAAGAAGAGGCGCAAGUCCACCGCUGGCCCGCCGGAGGGGCUGAGCUUCUUUGGACCGCGCGAGUCGCGGAUGCUGACGCAGCUGCUCACCCACUGCCACCUGCCGGACCUCACCUCCAUCGACCAGCUCUACCUGAUAGCUCUGGCCGACACAGUCGCCUCCGUGGACGCCGAUCUGGCCGACUGCUUCGACGAGAGCUCGGAUGACGCAGCAGAGGCGCAGAAGAGCCAAGGACCCACACUCGACUCUGUGGAUGACUCUGGCCUGCGUUUCGUGCUGGCCAUGCGGAACUUCACGUACCUGUCCAAGUGUCUGCCGCCGAAGGAGAAGGCCGAACUCAAUUCGCAAGGCUUGACCUCGUCGUACGUGGUGUGGGGCUUUCACUCGGAGUCACAGGAGGAGCUGGUACAGCUGGUGCCGUGCGUGGCGCGCGCCCAGCCCCAGUGGAGAGAGCUGCAGCAGCUCGGCGCCGGGUGGUGGAUCCGCAGCAAUACGCUGCUCAAACGCAUCGUCGAACAGAUUGCCAAGACGGCCUACCAGAAGACCAAGGAUCCAAUGGACGCUGCUCUCUACUACUUCGCCAUGCGCAAACGGACCGUCAUCGCGGCGCUGUACAAACAGAUGCGCGACGACCGGCGCUACAAGUUCUUCAGCAAGGACUUCACCACGCCCGAUGGCCGCACAGCCGCCAAGAAGAACGCCUACCAGUGUCUGGGCAAGCAGAAGUUCGAGUCGGCGGCGGCACUGUUCCUGCUGGCUGACAGUCUUCCCGACUGCGUGGAGGUGAUCCUGACCAAGUUACACGACCUGCAGCUGGCCAUGUUGGUCUGUCGGCUGUAUGACGGAGAGCUGGACAGCUGCCCGCCCAGCCUGCAGCAGCUGCUCAACAAGGAGAUUCUGGGUGUGGCCGAGGACGGGACGGUGGACCUGGCUGUGGCGCACCCCGACCCGUUCCUGCGCUCCAUGGCCUACUGGAUCAAAAAGGACUACUCGGCCAGCCUCAACACGCUGCUCAAAGUCAACGUGGGCACCCUGCACACGGCCUAUCAGGAGGAGGAUGCGCAGACAUACUACGGCACGAGUCCGACCGUGUUCAAUUUUUACGUGUACCUGCGCACCCACCCGCUGAUCGUGAAGCAGUACAAGGCGCAGGGCGCCCAGGACCGGCGCCGGGGGCGGGGCCAGGACGCCGGCGAUGAGGACAAACAGUUCUUCCACGUGGACGCCAUCACUCCGCUGGAGCGGCAGUUGUACUUCAGCACCGCGCACGCACACUACCGCGCCGGCUGUCCGACCCUGGCGCUGGAGGUGCUCUCCAAACUACCGAGCAAGGUGCUCGACAGCUGUCCGGAGGCCGAGAGCGCUGUGGCCAGCCCGGUCAAGUCGGCACCGCAGGACAAGAGGAUUGACACGGGCAUCAUCGACUGGUCUCAGCCAGAGCCGCUGUCGGAGCCGGAGCCGGUCGAGUCCCUGCUGGCUCCGGGCGGGGAUACGGCCGCCGCUCUCAUGGACGCGCCGCGCGUCCCGUCGCCGCUGCCGCAGUCGCUCGGACAGGACUUUGACUGGUCGACGCCAGUCCGAUCGCGGCUGGCCCCCGAGCCCCUGGAGCUUAACUGGGAUGAUGAUCGGGGCAGUGAUACCAGCACUGAUACUGGUGCGGAGACGCAGACUCAGAUGACAUCCGGGCCGGGCCCUGCCGAGGCGGCUCGCUCCGGCGUCCUGGACAUCAUGGCGCAGCAGCUCAAGUUCAUCGGCUGCCUGCAGCUAAUGAUGGAAGAGCUCUCGAACCUGGCCUCAGGUCUGGGUGUGGACGGCGGCCAGCUGCGCUACCAGCUCUACCUGUGGCUGGAGAGGCAGGUGGACGCGCUCAUUGAUGUCUGCAACUACGACGGAGGCACUGUCGAUGUGGCGGCGCUGCCGACGACCGCCGAUGAAGAGGACGCCACUCCGCCGCCCUGUUUCCCCGGAGACCGGCGGCCCACUCUGCACGACGUGCUGCUCACGGACAAGAUGGACUUCGAGGCCAAACUGCAGCGCGCCACCCGCAGGAAGACUUGGCUCAAAGCGAACCAGGCCCUGUUGCGCACCCUGCUCAGCUACUGCAGUCUGCAGGGGGCCGCCGGCGGAGCGCUGGCCUCUGUCCGCAUGGAGCUCAUCCUUCUGCUCCAGGAGUUACAGCAGGAGUCGAGCCGCCAGCAGCUGCUCAGCCCGCUGCCGUUCCCCACCAUGAUUCCGCUGCUGUCUGCCAGCGUGGCCAACAAUAAGACGGUGGUGAUGGACCCCGUACGGCACCUGCAGGCCAUCGCGCACGAUCUGCUGCAGGUGGUGGCGCAUCAGACGGCGCCUCCGUCACCUAACGUGGUGGAGGAGUCGGCGCUGGCCGUGCUGAAGAACACAGCCGUGGCGCUCUCAUCGUGCGUCUACCAGGCGCUCUGCGACUCUGACGCCUUCAAAGUCAAACAGAAAGACGGCCUGGUCGGUUACAGCGUGGACGGUAUCGUAGCGGUGAGCGCCAGCCACCUGACGGCCGGCCUGGGCGCGCGCUGCCGGCGCGCCAGCGCCGACCAGCCGCCUGCCGUCACCUCGCCUCCCGCCAAAUGGCCCGGCGUGACGUCACUGCGCGCGCUGCUCUCGCGCGAAAAGGACGACGACGGCCCACAGCUGACGGUGCUACUGGCCGAGGUGUUUGCGGCGGUUUAUACCAGCCUGCUCAUCACGGCCAUCGCCUGCUCCGACGCCAGGCUGCUGUACCGGCUGGUCCGUCUGAAGGUGGACACCCGUCUCUGGUCGGCUGUGUUUGGCGGCGGCGCCAGGAAACUGCUCCGCGUCGCCACCAAUGUAGUCACACCAUCGACCCCGGCGCCGUCCGAAUUAGCCUCUUCCCCCGGCGACACCAGCCUGCUGUCGUCGCUCAACAAGCAGCGUGCCAAGCUGAACAUGAAGCUGCUGGGUCAGCUGGCCCCGGGCAGCGGACCGACCACGCCCGGCCUGACGCCGCCCACUCGCGACGAACACCCCACCUACAGAGAGGUGUUUGUGCCGCCCGAGGCGUCCAUUGUGCAGCUGAUACUGGCGAAGCCGCCGCCGGACCCGGCCGGUGAGACCGAGGAGUCGACAUUCGACUACGACUCCGACACCGAGUCGCUGGCGGACGAUCAGUCGGAUAGAUAUGGGGAGGAGGAUGACGGACUGACGGAGGUGAACACAGAACACUCGGACCCCAACUCGUAUAGCUGGAAACUGAUGCGGUUCGCCUGUAUGAAACUCUGCAAACAGAAGAUCACACAGAUCCUCUCCGUGGCUGGCAUCGAGCAGCAAGAGCUGCCGGUUGCCUCGCCUCUGGUGCACACCAUUCUGCGGCUGAUGGACCGCUGGUCGGACGAACUGGAGGCCGAGGUCAACUCGAGUCGCCAGCCGGCCGAGUAUAUCCCCAAUCUGAACGUGGACGAGUCGGCGCGCGGCCCGCCCAUCGUCAAAUACCGGGCCAUGCUGCAGCCGUUCAACACGCCGUUCGAUCAAGACGCUCCCGGUGUCGGUGCCGUGAAGCGACUCUGGCUGGUACUGGCCCGCCACGAAGCCGUUCAGGACACCUUCAUCCGAGUUCUGUUCUCGCGGCGUGCUGCGCUAGGACCCAGCAUCGGCUCGGGAGCUGACAGCGACCAUGAGGUCACCACCGACCCCAUCAAGAUCAUACACAAGGAGCAGGAUGCCAUCACCGCAUUCUGCAUCAACCAGGCCAACCCGAACAUGAUGGUGAUGGCGACGCAGAAGGAGCUGCAGGAGCUGGACGUGGCACUGCUGGUCAGCGGCCCCACCUGGCUCGAGUCGGAGACCGACUACGACUCGCUCAACCCCAACAGGGACCCGGACAGUAUGCCCUCCUCCAACUACCUGGUGGUGCAGCUGCCGAGCGAGGCAGGCUCGGCCGGCCUGCCCGGCCCGGGUCCGGGCGGCUCCGGAUACUCCGGGCCCGGCUCGGCGGCCAGCAGCCUCGUGCCCAGUCCGACCUACUCGCAGACGGGCCGCGCGCCGGCCAUGGGAGGUCGAGUCGGCCGGACACAGAUGCUGCGCCACAAAGUGGAGGGCGUGCGCAGGCUGUGUGCCCACCCCACCAUGUCUGUAUACAUCACCGGAGCCCACGACGGCUCUGUGACGGUCCGUGAAUGGGGAGCCGAGAACCCGGUGGCCGUGCCCCGGCCCAGCGGCACGUACGCCAAGGUGAACCGGGUGCGGUUCAACACGCAGGGCAACAAGUUCGGAGUGGCUGACAACGACGGCAAUCUCAGCCUGUGGCAGAUGACGCCGUCGGCGCACAACGGACGGCCGUUCUACGCGAUGGAGUGCCACAGCAAGGUAUGCAGUGACUUCGUCUUCGUGGGCUCGUCCUCUCUGCUGGCCACGGCCGGCCUCAGCGCUGACAAUAAGAACGUCUGCUUGUGGGACACGCUGCUGCCCAAGCGGAAGGCUCAGGUGGCUGGCUUCUGCUGUCACGAGUCGGGCGCGUCGGCGCUGCUGUACUCGUCCCAGCACCAGCUGCUGAUAUCGGGCGGUAAGCGCGGCAACGUGUGCAUCUUCGACGUGCGCCGUCGCCAGGUGCGCCACCGCUUCUCUGCGCACGAGGCGGCCAUCAAGUGUAUGGCUCUGGACCCGGCCGAGGAAUACUUUGUCACCGGCAGCGACGAGGGAGACAUCAAGGUGUGGGGUCUGACGGUGCGGGACGCGUUCUUCUCGUUCCCUGCCGAGCACGCGCGCGGCGGCUUCUUCAAGAACGCCGGCCACGGCGUGACUCAGCUUCAUAUUGACGACGAGCACCGCCUGUAUUCGUGCGGCGCUGACGGCUCUAUGAAACUGCGCGCCGUGCCCCACCACCGGGAUACAGUGGUGCAGUCCGUCUACUGAGACAGGUAGAGUCCUACGGAGGAGAGUAGAGGGCGUCUACUGAGCUGGGUAGAAUCCUACGGAGGAGAGUAGAGGGCGUCUACUGAGCGAGGUAGAAUCCUGAGAAGGAGGGGACAGUGUACUGAGAUUAGUCUGUCUACCGAUCAGGCAUCUGAGGAGGUGGAGGGAACGGUCUGUCUACUGAGAACGGUAGAGUCCUGAGGAGGAGACUAUGGGGUGUCUACUGAGGAGAGUCGUCUCAUAAAGAGACUACAGUCUUCUUAGGAGAGUAACAACCUGCUGAGGAGACUGCAGUCUAUUGGGAAGACUGGAGUUUGCUGAGGAAGCCACAGUUCGUCAACUCAUGAGGCUGCUGUUCUUCUGAGCAGACUAUUGUCCCUUCGCUGCGGAGACUACAAUCUGUCUACUGAGCUAGGAAAUGGCAUUCCCUCUACUGAAGUGGUUGAGAGACGGUCAGGAUGAAAUCAGGUGUUGCAAUGGAUAAACAGGUUGAAGAAAAUAGUGGCAAGUGAAAAGAAGUGAUCAUUGUAGGCAUGCUUGUGAUGGACCGAAAAUUAGAGACUUUUUGAUAGCUUGUAAUUUGUAUUGACUUCUGGCAGUGGAAGAAGUAGUGUAAUUACACCACCCAAAUAGCGAGCUACCUGCUUCAGCAAAUUCAAUUUUCUGGCUGACUGGAGACAAUUUUUAUUGGCACUCGCUGUGCAAUCAUGCAUGAGGCCGCUCCGCCUUUCGAAACCUCUCACCAGUCCCUGUUCGACCGCGAGCCAUAAGCCACAGACAAGGCCAGUUCCGCCCGCCGGCUGCACCACCAGUAACGCUACAUUCCAGACAGGGUUGAGACUGUCGCACUGCGUACUGUGCGUACGUGUGCGUAUGUGUUUGUGUGUGUGCGUGCUGAGGUUGUGUGCGUGAGUGCUCGUGAGGUGAAUUGAUCCUGUAUUUGCUUAGAUUGGAGCCAGGGCCAUAGUAAAGACGGAGUUCGUCGUGUCAUGUGCAAUUUUUAGCAAAGCGGGAGAUAUAUUGUCACACUAGGCUGUUUAUUGUGUAGCGAAAAAGCGCAGCUGUAUUGCCAAGGGUAUAUCCUUACAAGUAGGUAUGUCGAAAAGCUCCAGGACUGGAAGUGGCAUUAUUUACCGCUGAUCAUUCAAUUUACCCAUUAAUUUUCCCAAUGCCAUAUGUAUCUCGGUAUUGUCCCGUCUUAACUUGAAAAUAUUGUCUCGUAUAAGUUCGUUUCGCGGUAACUGCGACAGAAUGUCCCCGCGUGUCGCGGUUACUGUCGCGGCGACACAGCGACAGGCCUCGCGUGUCGCCACAACCACAGCUGAGCUAUUAUUCACGAGCUGUCGGUAUCGGACCCGGCCGGCUGAACAGCGUGAUUGCGUUGACCGUGCUGUUUUCCUAAGGGCUAGGUCGGCCGCUCGAUAUCAGCCGCGUGUUUCCCCACACGAAUCAGAGGGAUACAGGGCACCUCGCGUGCCGUCUGAGUUUUAGAGUCGACGGUUUUCGGACACGUCGCUACCGGUUCCGUGCUGCGUUCGAUUCGGAUAAAGUUGGGAGGAUGUUGUCGAUGUUUAUAUAUUCCUACGCCAUUGUUUAUUCCUAUGUUAUUAUAUCGCGCAAUGUGAAUGAUUUUGUACAGGAAGGUAGGAAGAAUUAACGAUUUUAUGGUUGUGUUCCGUAACAAGCGAUGGUACUGCACUGAACGGCUCCCAAUAUGUAUACUAGCUGGAUGUUCAGUGUUAUUCGUACCACCGUCAUUGUAUCUCGUAAAUCUACCCUCUAGACUUGAUAGCUGUGUGAACUGAGCGAUAAUACUGGCUGUAGUGAUGAAAUGUGUGCUUGUAAGUAGUGUGUUGUGUGCUCUAUUAUUCCCCAAUAAACGUCUGUCGAUCC